AUGAGCAUAUCUGUAAAUGGACAGUCUCAAGUGCCUCCUGGCUUUCGGUUUCAUCCCACAGAGGAGGAGCUUCUGCAUUACUACUUGAGAAAGAAGGUCUCCUUUGAGGAGAUUGAUUUAGACGUUAUUAGAGAUGUUGAUCUAAACAAGCUCGAACCAUGGGAUAUACAAGGUCGUCUACCUGCUCUCCUUUUUUUUCAAUUGCUUGCUGUGAUUAGUAGUAUGGGAGAGGCAGCACAGGAAGAAGGAUGGGUUGUUUGUCGGAUCUUCAAGAAGAAAAAUCACCACAAAACCCUACUCAGUCCAGUGAAUUCUUCCGUCACUACUGCUACAGAAGAUCAAACAAGGGCAAUACAAAUGUUCAAUGAAGGAGCGCUGAAGCAGAUUCUUGAGUACAUGGACAUGAGGGCUUGUAAAGAGGAGAACCAUGGCGGAGGCAGAUCAUAUCUGAAGCCAAUCGAGACAGCAGCUGCAUUAGUCAACAAUGGCUAUCAUCAGGAUUCGCUCAUGAAACUCCCAAGCCUAGAGAGCCCAAACUCUACCAGUAGCCGAACUUGCUAUCAGCCCAUCAUCACAGAAAAUGAAAUAAGCAACUCAUCAAUCAACAACAACCAGGUAAGGAGUAACAAUGGUGAUGAUCAAAACACGGGUCAAUAUCAAUCGGGUACCAACUUCAUCUCCAACUGGGUAGCCCUAGACCGGCUCGUAGCUUCCCAGCUUAAUGGUCAAACCGAGACUUCAAGGGAAUUAACCUGCUUCAAUGAACCAAUCAUGACUUAUUGCAGUACCCCAACUGAUAAUCACCAUCUGCAGUUGCAGAGAACUUCAACGUUGUCAAUGUCAAACCAAGACUAUAACGGUGAAAUAGAGUUGUGGAGUUUCGCCAGGUCAGCAUCAUCGUUGACAUCAUCAGACCUAUUGUGCCACGUGUCCAACAAUAGUGUAUAA